UGUGUCUGAAUCUGCUUCUGAUUCUGGCUGUCGGGACAGGGCCCCCUCCCCUCCUUCCUUCCCGGCCCGAGCAGCUCCGCCCCCGGCUAGGACCAGGCUCGCGCCUGCUGAGCCCCCCACCCAUUUCUGGCACAGCUCCUCCGCCCUUGCAGCAGCCAGGAGGAGGCUGCAGCCCCGGCGCCCCAGGCCCCGCCCGCCCAGGGCCCUUCCCGGGAGGCCGGGAGACCUGCUCCUCCUGGCCCUCCGUGGGUGAGUGCUGGCGGCCGGCGGCGGGUGGGGCCUCCGCGGGCGGAGGCACCGGGAGCGGGGGCGACGCCUGUCAACGCUCCAGGCCUAGCAGGAGGACUCGCCAACAUCCCUGCUGCUGUGCUCGGCCCCGGGCGUGCCCGUGGCUGCUCCCACUUCUGGGCCUGUGCUGAGGCCGCCCGGGGGCUCUGCUAUCUUGGCACUGCAGACCCGGCAGGCAGAGUCUCGGACUAGGCGCUCUCUCCUCGAGGGCAGAAUCGUGGGGCGGAAGCUGGCUGGUUGACCCACAGCGGCCACGGCCAUGCCCACCUGGCCCUGGGGGCUGCUGCUGACCGCGGGCACGCUCUCCGCUGCACUGAGCCCAGGGCUGCCGGCCACCGCCGACCCCUGCUAUGAUGAGGCGGGUGAGCCCCGCUGUUGUGUACCAGGCCUAGUGAACGCUGCUCUGGGCCGAGAGGUGCUGGCGUCCAGCACGUGCGGGAGUCCGGCCAAUCGCGUCUGCGAUUCCUCGGACCCGCAGCGGGCACACUCUGCAGACCUCCUGACCUCUGCUCCGGGCACUACAAGUCCUCUCUGUUGGCGCUCCGAUUUGCUGCAACGGGCACCCUUCAACGUAACCCUCACGGUGCCCCUGGGGAAGGCUUUUGAGCUGGUCUUCGUGAGCCUUCGCUUCUGCUCAGCUCCCCCUACCUCCGUGGCCCUGCUUAAGUCGCAGGACCAUGGCCGCAGCUGGGUCCCCCUGGGCUUCUUCUCCUCCAGCUGUAGCCUGGACUAUGGCCGUCCGCCUGCUCCUGCUGAUGGCCCUGCUGGUCCAGGGCCAGAAGCCCUCUGCUUCCCAGCCCCCCAGACCCAGUCUGAUGGUGGAGGCCUUCUGGCCUUCAGUGUGCAGGAUGGCAGCCCACAAGGCCUGGAUCUGGACAACAGUCCCGUGCUCCAAGACUGGGUGACUGCCACAGAUAUUCGCAUAUUACUCACAAGGCCUGCCACACUGGGGGACCUGAGGGACCGGGAAGUCACCGUCCCUUACUCCUACUCAGCUACUGAGCUCCAGGUGGGAGGUCGAUGCAAGUGCAACGGGCAUGCCUCACGGUGUCUGUUGGAUAGCCACGGCCACCUGAUCUGCGACUGCCAGCAUGGUACAGAGGGCCCCGAUUGCAGCCGCUGCAAGCCCUUCUACUGCGACAGGCCAUGGCAGCGGGCUACAGGGCAGGAAGCCCACGCUUGCCUUGCUUGUUCCUGCAAUGGCCAUGCCCGAAGAUGCCGUUUCAACAUGGAGCUGUACCGUCUGUCCGGCCGCCGCAGUGGGGGGGUGUGCCUCAAUUGCCGGCACAAUACUGCGGGUCGCCACUGCCACUACUGUCGGGAGGGAUUCUACCGUGACCCAGGCCGUGUCCUGAGUGACCGUCGCGCUUGCAGAGCUUGUGACUGCCAUCCAGUUGGUGCUGCUGGCAAAACCUGUAACCAGACCACAGGCCAGUGUCCCUGUAAGGAUGGUGUUACUGGCCUCACCUGUAACCGCUGUGCCCCAGGCUUCCAGCAGAGCCGUUCUCCUGUGGCGCCCUGUGUUAAGACCCCUGUCCCUGGACCCACUGAAGAAAGCAGUCCUGUGGAGCCACAGGACUGUGAGUCACAUUGCAGACCUGCGCGUGGCAACUACCGAAUCAGCCUGAAGAAGUUCUGCCGGAAGGAUUAUGCGGUGCAGGUGUCAGUGGGUGCGCGGGGCGAGGCCCGCGGCGCGUGGACACGCUUUCCGGUAGCAGUGCUUGCUGUGUUCCGCAGCGGCGAGGAGCGCGCUCGGCGCGGGAGCAACGCGCUGUGGGUCCCAACCCUAGACGCGGCCUGCGGUUGCCCGCGCCUCCUCCCCGGCCGGCGUUACUUGCUGCUGGGGGGCGGGCCCGGGGCUGCGGCUGGAAGCACUGCGGGCCGGGGACCCGGGCUCAGCGCUGCCCGGGGGAGCCUCGUGCUGCCUUGGAGAGACGCCUGGACACGGCGCCUGCGGAGGCUGCAGAGGCGCGAGCGGCGGGGGCGCUGCGGGACCGCGUGAACCUGCGAGCUGGGCGUGGACUGGGCGGGCACUGCUCUUAUCACUGGGCGUGUCCAUCAGUGCCUUAGCCUGCUGGAAGUGUCACGUGCGUCGCCAUCUAAUUUCCCCCUUCCUCCCCCCAUCCUUGCUUUUAACUUCUUUGGCGACCCCCGACCCCCAACACAGAGGGGUGUGAAGGCUCUAAGAGCUACCUGGAGGCUCCGAGGGCAGUCGUCACCCUCAGAGGACCCUGAUCUCAUCACCCUGGCUGCCUACUACAAGGGGUAUCCUGAUAUCCAACAUCUCUUAAUGGAUGUGAACCGCCCCACUCCCAGGGGAUGCUAGGAUCCUUCUGGGGUUUGAGCACGUCCCGUGGGUCACUGAUUCAUUAACUCUCCGAUGCUGUGAUACACUAGAGUCCUCCGACCUCCCCAAAGUCACUGUUGCCACCAUUGACGCCUGUACACCGCUGUGGGGGUCGUGGUCCAACCGCACAGCCAGGACAGCGACUUCUCCGCCUCCAACCAGGAUCUGCAGAGUACUGUGGGCUCCUCCCGUAUAAGGAUGGCUGCCUCUGUCCAACACCGUGCAUCUUGUCCCCACGUCCAUUCUAGCCUGCCUCAGCCGGUCGCGCAUUUGUGCCCCCAUCCGCAGCUGCAUCUCUGCCUGUUUCCCUACCUCGUUCUUGUCCCGUAGUCCCCAUCUCUGGGGUCCAUCCAGUUGUCCCUCUCUGCAUCAUUUCCUAGUCUUGGCCCAGGUCCCGCCCCUAGCUACAUUCUACCCGGCUCAAGACCGGACGUUCGGGGCCACAUGUAACCGGGUCAGAUGGCGACUUCCACGGGCAGCCAUCGGGGUUCCAGAUGUCCACGACUUUGCCUUACACGCUAGAGCCCCCACGUCUUGAGGCGAGCCCCCGCCCCCGAGCGCGGGAACCGCUGUUUGGCUAGCCCAGCCUUCCGACUUGGCGGCCGCCAGGCGCGAGCGCGCAUGCUCAGAGCCGGCGGCGCGGAGACGCGGGGCGCUCGGGGUGGGCAGCCCGCAAGCGCGUGCUUGUGGGGCGGGGCCGCCUACGCGCGUGCGCAGAAAGGCCAGCGCGGUCCAGCGCAGAGCUGGAGGGAGCGGUGCGGUGCGGGGCGCCGAGUUGAAUUUUCUAAAUGCAAGAGACAUCAGAGUGGUGUGGAUAUUUACCUAAACUCACGGAA